AUGCCUCUCGAUCCGUUCUCCGCGCUCGGGUUGGCGGCAAACAUCGUGCAAUUCAUCGACUUUAGCUGUGGGCUUAUCUCAGACGCGAAAGAGAUAUAUCAUUCCGCAACUGGAGCGACCGCCAACAAUGUCGGGCUCCAAGGUAUCGCUGAGAGCCUCUCACGUCUUAGCUCGACACUGGUGAAUCCCCUGCAUCCCACAUCAGACGCUGUUUCUGCGGCCGAACGGGAGAUUGUCAAAAUCGCAGCAUCUUCUCGGGACAUUGGAGACGAGAUGCUGGCGACCAUUCAAAGCCUCAAACUCGGUGAGGGCUCGCACAGGAAAUGGCGGAGUUUUCGCCAGGCUCUAAGCACGACCUGGAAAAGGGAUAAAAUCGCCCACCUGCACAGGAGGCUCGAGGAUGCUCGUAGUAAUUUGUCCAUUCAUGUUCUGUCAUAUAUAAGCGUGCGACAGAACCAGGUUCUUCAGUCUCUCGAAAACGCCCGAACUGAAUGUUUGGAAGUCGACUCGGUCCGAUCGCAGAGGAUUGAACCUAUGCUUGAAUCCCUUCGCAGCCUCGUGCAAAGAGGCCAAGACCUCACAAGAGAACAUCUGACUCUUAUCGACCAAAAGCUGUGUGACUCCAACGAUAAGGCAACAAACCUACUGAAGGAAGCGAGCGUUCUGAAAGGUCUGUUAUUCGAACGGAUGACAGCGAGAUACACUGCUAUCGUCGAAGCGCACCAGAAUACCUUCCAAUGGAUAUUUGAACCUUCCAGAUGGCCACCUUGCGAUCCACGAUCCCGCAUACUGUUUCACGAAUGGUUAACCUAUGGUGAUGGGAUCUACUGGAUUUCAGGCAAACCUGGAAGUGGGAAGAGCACGUUGAUGAAGUAUCUUCGUGAUUGUCCGCAGACAGUGCGGUGUCUUCAAGUCUGGGCCAACGGUGCCCGUCUUGCUAUGGCGGGAUUCUUCUUCUGGAUCGCGGGAACCGACAUGCAGAAAUCUCAACGUGGGCUGCUUCAACAAGUCCUGUUCGAAAUACUCAGGAAUUUUCCCGACUGGAUCCCCAUCAUUUGCCCAGAAAGAUGGGCAGCAUCUCGACAUGGUUUUCAAGCCGAAUGGUCCCUGUCAGAACUGAAUGAAGCGUUCAGCAAGCUGGGUCGCAUCACCGUGGACCGCGAAAAUCAUUCAAAACUUUGCAUAUUCGUCGACGGCCUGGAUGAAUACCACGGCGAUCCCCUGGACCUUUUGAAAACUAUACGGAACAUCGCCCAGAUCGACAACGUCAAAGUUUGCGUUUCCAGCAGACCAUGGAACUGCUUUGAGGAUGCUUUUGGCAAGGACAUCCGACGCAAGUUAUGCCUGCAUGAUCUUACCAGGGAUGAUAUCGCAAUCUAUGUCAGGGAGAAAUUGGAAGAAAUUCCAAGCUUUUCACCGAUGAAACGAGAUGGCACGCAGAUUGAGCUAUUGAUAUCGGAAACCGUGUCUCGCGCUCAAGGAGUAUUCCUUUGGGUCUAUCUGGUCAUGCGAUCCCUCAGGGAAGGCCUCUUCAACGGCGAUUCUCUGUCUAUUCUGUACGAAAGGUUACUGGAGAUGCCUUCUGAUCUCGAAGAAUUCUUCGAGAACCUCAUCAAAUCAGUGGAUAACGUCUAUCGGAAGAGGAUGGCACAUACUUUCCGGGUUGCCCUGGCUGCAAGUUCCCCUCUUCCAUUGCUCCUUUAUACAUUCAUCGACGAGUCAGACCGCACUGUCAUGCGACAUCCCGGAAUCGUUGACUCGGCAUACACACUGCAUGAUAGGGAAAUCAUUGAGAGGGAAGAAACAAUGUGCCGACAACUCAAUGGCCGGUAUAAGGGGCUUCUAGAGUCCACUGGUCUCCCAGGAUCCAAAGCAGUCGACUUCCUCCAUCGGACCGUGCGUGACUUUCUGGCCACAAGGUCCAUGCAAGAUCUGCUGGCAUCUUACUCGGCACACAACUUCAAUGCGGCUGCCUGCAUAUGCGAGGCAUCCAUCCAGCAAAUAAAAGCCUUCCCUGCAAAGAACAAGCUGGUCAACUUGGACGACUUCAUCGAGUUUGCCCAAAGAAUAGAGAAAGAGCUACACACUACCAGCAUACCGCUGCUCGAUCAUAUGAACCACAUCUUCUACGCAUAUACGCCACUUUUAAGAGACAAGCUAGAUUUCGACGGUGGAUCUCCAACCUCAUUAUUAGGGAAGGCAAUCUGGUCGGGCCACUUAUCUUACGUUCGAUCUCGACUGAGAAGACAACCAAACAUAUUUUCUUCCCACGGCGGGCGACCUUUGCUCAUGACGUUCCUGAGAGGGUUCAGUCGAUCGGGACCCGGUAUCCGGCAAGCAUCGUACUAUAUGGCUGAACUCCUGCUCAAAAAUGGUGCCAACCCAAACGGAACGGUAGAUGGCAUGCCGCUUCUGCACGCCUUGCUUACAGACUGCUGCAUCGAAGAAAACCACGGAUCCGGUAACAGAAACAUGAGACUGAGCUCGAUGACUAACGAUGGGCCCUCUGCCACGGAAUGGUUCUCGCUAUUCUUGUCACUACUGCUCAGGCACGGGGCAAGGUUUCGCAAGGGUCUCGCGCAGGUAGGCUGGGGAUUACGGAAAUACCUGCUUGACUCAACAAGGUGGGAUCCAAAGCUCACGGCGUUGGUGCUGGACACAUAUCGUCUGUUGUUUAAUAGAGGCCUCGAUCCCAAUGCCGUGAUGGAUCUUGGCCACACCGAUGGCAUCUCAAGUGGGCGCACGUUAUGGGGUCACCUGCUAUUGGCAAUGAAGGUGUACGCGGAUGAUACCUACGUCUCGAAAAAUCACACGUAUGAAGGUGAUAAAUCCCGCGUUGGAUUGAUGAUUCUUUUUCUCCAGAGAGGGGCAGACCCUUUUGUUGUGAUCGACUUUCCAGGAUUCCUAUCAGCGACUAGGUUUUUUGGGCCCACGAAUGGGCAGCUGAAAUUGGAAUUUACGGCUGCUUUAGAGCACGCAGAACGGAACUGGAAAGGACCAGUCGGGCCACGCUGGCGUCCAAAGUGA